AUGGGCAGACAAUACACUCCAGACCUUGAGGCACAGCUCGCCAUGAGGCUGAUGGGAUUUGACUCGAGCAUCGGCACUGAUCACUUCAAUGACGCGCUCCCCACUAUCCCCAACACUCCCAUGGGAGAGACCCUCGACUCCGAAGAGAGAAUGUUCUCCAUCGGCAGCGCUAGACAUCAAGGCUCAGACACCGGACUUAGAAACACUGGACCCUAUUAUCACGUACUUGAAGAAGUCCAAAGAGUUCAAGGAGCAGACCUCAGUACACGUCACGCUGGGUCAUCAGCCUCGAGAUCCGGGUCUGUAAUCAGCGCGUAUAUCUAUCCCUGGGCAUUGGAAAGGAAUGCCUCACAAACACCGACAUUGGCCAGUGGAAGUAGCCGAUCCGACUCUGGCGGCUCCGAUGAGUCAACACCAGUUGGCACGCCGCGUUCUCCUGAGCACUAUCGGCUUCCAAACAAUCUAGAUUGCGUCCAUGAAGGAUCGGACACUCCCACGCCACCGCGAAAGCCGGUUGCGAAAGUCAAGGAAGGUCGACCCCAACGAGCGUCCGAACUCCAGCGCGACCGCUUGACAUGUUAUUGUGACUACGGCUGCGAAAAGGUCGCCGAGGACGGCACCCGCCAAAAAUUAUCAUUCACUCGAGGCUCCGACUGGACCCGCCAUUACGACUCCAAGCACAAUCCUGAUGCAGAGAUAUUCCACUGUCCAGAAUGCACGUACAAGAAGACUCGACUGGAUAAAGUCAGGAAGCAUUGGAGGGCGAAGCAUGCAGGAGAGGGCAAGGUCUUCAAGGCGACGAAGACUCAGCGUGUCGUGCCGGAUCGGUUGCGGGGCAGAAUUCAUGGGACAUGGGGUUGA